AUGUCUAUCCGACACUUGCCUCCAGCCGUUAAGCAGCUCCUGAAGCUGCGAAACCCCAACCCACGCGCCGGCCCGCCGGUGGCCGCCCUAAACGCUGUGUUCAACAGCACCCUCCAGGACGCGAAACGGAGGAACGCCGAAACUGGCUGGCUGGUUCUUUCGACAUGCACCCUCCUGACCGCCAACAUCCCGCCUGCCGUCGGACACCUGUACCGAUUUGCGUCACAGGUCGCGCGCCAGGACGCCGGGAGCUCGCCAUCGGAUCCGUCUCCCGCGAUAGCGAAGGUGGCUAUCAUGCGCGAAUCCGCGCUGAAGAGCAGCAUCUUCGUUGGCGUGCCACGCACCAUCCUCUCGCUGGCGGGGCUCCACGAAGCGCUCGAAGACGACGUGAAAAGCGGUCUGCGGACCAAGAACGAACGCGUCGUGGCAUCUGAUACGAUCGGGCCGGUGCUGGCUCGAGGCAGAGAUCUCUGGGACUCUAUCUACGAGCCGCAUGCCGAGAAGCUCUACCGGAAGCUCGAAUCUUAUCACCCGGACUUCAUGUCGUUCAUCAUCCAGGCGUACGGAUCAGUGCUCGCGCCUCUCCCCGGGGGCGAUGAGAUCCAAGGCAAUCUCAGCCGGGCCCUGGGCUCCGUCGUCGGGAGCGCGUGCCUGCGCGCGGAGGGCAGGGUCGGGCCGCAGCUGACCAGCCACAUCUUCGGGCUGCUGAAGGCGCGCGAUACCGAAGGGCUGUCGGACGAGGACAAAUGGCUGUCAAGUGACGAGGGCACCGAAUGGGUUAUCUCCACUGUCGAUACGCUGCUUGAUGUCCUCGAAGCUGAUGCAGCAGCACCCUCGGCCAAGCUCUGACAGCUGGACACGCGCCGUAAUUACGUGCGUGCGUGCGUGCGUUAGUAUAGACGCGACAUGUCUAGAAUCGGCGAUAUGCCGCUGUUCCGGGCCAUUGUGACAUAUAGUUGACUGCGUGAACGAUCAUCGUUCGGUCUUCGUAG